CAGAGGGGAACGGAACCGCUCUUUGUAUGCGCGACAAUGUCCAACUGCAGCCUGUGCGUUUUAGCGCCAACCAGCUGAAUGAUGGCGAAUUGUGAGAGACAUGAGAGAAACAGAGAGAGAGAGAGAGAGAGAGAGAGAGAGAGAGAAACAGACAGACAGGGGACGGGGUUACAUUAGAUACAUCGUGUCUGUUUAACUUGUAGCGAGCUCCGGAGAGAAAGGGCGGAGAGCAACAAAUGAGGAUACAUUUUCAGUGUUUAUGAGUCAGGACCCCAGCAUCAACCACAGCGGAGAGAGCAUCGAGUCAGGACCCCAGCAUCAACCACAGCGGAGAGAGCAUCGCGGCGGGUCCCCAGCAUCAACCACAGCGGAGAGAGCAUCGCGGCGGGUCCCCAGUAUCAAGCCUUCACCAGCCGAGAGAGCAUCGAGGCGGAGCACCGCGGCAUUGAGAGCGGCAUCAGGGCUCCGCCCUCUUCCUCCACCAUGACGGUUGCUACGGGUGACCUGGGGGACGAGGCAGCGGCCCAUCCCGGUGACCCGUACGAACCAGAACCGGACUACGAGUGCUGUGAGCGCGUGGUCGUCAACAUCUCUGGGCUGCGCUUCGAGACUCAACUGAAGACCCUCUCCCAGUUCCCUGAGACCCUGCUGGGGGACCCCAAGAAGAGAAUGAGGUACUUUGACCCUCUGAGGAACGAGUAUUUCUUCGACAGGAACCGGCCCAGCUUCGACGCCAUCCUCUACUACUACCAGUCAGGCGGGAGACUGCGUCGGCCGGUGAACGUCACUCUAGACAUCUUCUCUGAGGAGAUCCGGUUCUACGAGCUGGGAGAGGAGGCCAUCGAGAUCUUCAGGGAGGAUGAGGGCUUCAUCAAGGAGGAAGAGCGACCUCUUCCAGAGAACGAGUUCCAGAGACAGGUGUGGCUGCUGUUUGAGUAUCCCGAGAGUUCCGGCGCGGCCCGUAUCAUCGCCAUCAUCAGCGUCAUGGUGAUCCUGAUCUCUAUCGUGUCCUUCUGCCUGGAGACACUCCCCGUGUUCCGGAACGACGAAGAGGACGAUGGCAACAAGGUGUUCCAGCCCUUCAACAACUCCACCUCUUCCUACACGUCUUCCUACUUCACUGAUCCCUUCUUCAUCCUGGAGACGCUCUGCAUCAUCUGGUUCUCCUUUGAGUUCCUCGUCCGCUUCUUCGCGUGUCCUAGUAAAGCCGGGUUCUUCGGUAACAUUAUGAAUAUCAUUGAUAUUGUGGCGAUUAUUCCAUAUUUCAUCACGUUGGGCACCGAGCUGGCAGAGAAACCGGAGGACGGGCAGGCUGGGCAGCAGGCCAUGUCCCUGGCCAUCCUCAGGGUCAUCCGGCUGGUCAGGGUGUUCAGGAUCUUCAAGCUGUCCAGACACUCCAAGGGGCUCCAGAUCCUGGGCCAGACACUGAAGGCCAGCAUGCGGGAGCUGGGUCUACUCAUCUUCUUCCUCUUCAUCGGAGUCAUCCUCUUCUCCAGCGCUGUCUACUUCGCCGAGGCCGACGAGGCGGACUCACAGUUCAGCAGCAUCCCAGAAGCCUUCUGGUGGGCCGUGGUCUCUAUGACCACCGUCGGCUACGGCGACAUGGUGCCCACCACCAUCGGCGGGAAGAUCGUGGGCUCUCUCUGUGCCAUCGCUGGCGUGCUGACCAUCGCCCUGCCCGUCCCCGUCAUCGUGUCCAACUUCAACUACUUCUACCACCGGGAGACGGAGGGUGAGGAACAGGCGCAGUACCUGAACACACCCAGCGUGCCCAAGGCCGACUCAGCCGAGGACCUGAAGAAGAGCGGCCGCAGUGGGAGUGGAUCCACCCUCAGUAAGUCAGACUACAUGGAGAUACAGGAAGCUGCACUGAACCACAGCACUGAGGACUUCAGAGCAGAGAGCCUCAAGACAGGAAACUGCACCCUGUUGGCUAAUGCAAAUCAGCAAGCUAAUUCUAACGCAUUGGCUAACACCAACUACGUCAACGUCACCAAGAUGAGAACGGAUGUAUAGCCUCUUUCAGGCGUUACCACAGUGACUUCCUUGGCUGUAGAGGUGCAGGGGGACUGGAAGGAAAGAGUAGAGUGGGGAGAAGACUGAGGAAAAUCCCCUCCUCUCUGAUGUUGAAAAGGCUUGGAGUCCCUACUGUGGGAGAACAGAAUGGAUCACAUAAACUCUGGUAAGAGCAGAGAUCCGGCAUCUCAUCCCCCCCAAAACAGAUCUGUUCCUAACUCAACCCCUUGCCCUUCCUUCUCCUGUUGGGAGUUGAAGCGUCCGUUCAGUGACUGCAUGGCGUUAGUCUGGGCUUUGUAGUAGUCGUCUAUAGGCUCAGCUCUGCUCGCUGCAGUAGUCCAAUAGUAGCCAAACUGCCCACUGGUACUAGACUAUAUAAACACACUGACAGGAGAACGAGACCACACCCUUAUCUUGUUCCACACUCUGCUCAAACUGCCCACUGGUACUAGACUAUAUAAACACACUGACAGGAGAACGAGACCACACCCUUAUCUUGUUCCACACCCUGCUCAAACUGCCCACUGGUACUAGACUAUAUAAACACACUGACAGGAGAACGAGACCACACCCUUAUCUUGUUCCACACUCUGCUCAAACUGCCCACUGGUACUAGACUAUAUAAACACACUGACAGGAGAACGAGACCACACCCUUAUCUUGUUCCACACUCUGCUCAAACUGCCCACUGGUACUAGACUAUAUAAACACACUGACAGGAAAACGAGACCACACCCUUAUCUUGUUCCACACUCUGCUCAAACUGCCCGCUGGUACCGUCAGCACAGAUCUAGCAUCAGCCUGCCCUGAACAAAUCCUAGCCUUAACCAGUAGGAGAUAUACUGCAAAACUGACCUCAGAUCAGCGUCUCAUCUUAUAACUAUUUAGCUCUAACUGCCAGCCUAUAGGAGCUUCUUAACUUCCUCUCUCCCACCCGUACCCCUGAACCUCUCUCCCACCCCGUACCCCUGACCUCUCUCCCACCCCAUUAAUCUCUGAACCUCUCUCCCACCCCAUUAAUCCCUGAACCUCUCUCCUACCCCAUUAAUCUCUGAAACUCUCUCCCACCCUGUACCCCCUGAACCUCUCUCCCACCCCAUACCCCUGAACCUCUCUCCCACCCCGUACCCCCUGAACCUCUCUCCUACCUCAUUAAUGCCUGAACCUCUCUCCUACCCCAUUAAUCUCUGAAACUCUCUCCCACCCCGUACCCCCUGAACCUCUCUCCC